AUGGAGACAUUAUCUACUGCUGCACAAGAUGACAGUUCAGGAGCAAAUCCAAGUAGUGUGAAGAGUGAUGAUAGCAGCCCUCAACAUGAUAGUGGUCGUGGGUCUCCUCCUCCAAAAUGUGCAAUUUGUUUAGGGACUUGUCGGAACAAGUCUUUUACUGACUCAUGCUUACACCAGUUCUGUUUUAAAUGUUUAUUAACAUGGAGCAAAGUAAAAGCAGAAUGCCCACUCUGCAAGCAGAAUUUUAGAUCAAUUAUUCACAAUGUACAAUCCAAUCAUCAAUAUGAAGAGUACAUGGUGGAACAAAGGCAGACUGAAGAGAUUACAGAGAGAAUUGACUUAGAUAAUAUAACAACAGCUACACGCAGGUUUAGAUACAGGACAACUUUAACAUUGCCACGUCGCGAUACGUUCGCGAUCCAACAGCUGUUGCUGCACUACCCAAUCAUGGCGGAUGUUUUCCCAGAGGCCCGAGUGCAGCCGCGCCGUCGUUCGCCUACCUCCUUUCGUCGCACCGUGUACAGACACAAUCUCUGGGCCCGCCCAUUACCUGACUUCACAGGACGCUUCAGAGAUUGCUCACCAGUUUUCUAUAGGUAUAAUACGUCACAAAUGCAUCGAUUAGCUCCAUGGCUCACCCGAGAACUUCACUAUUUAUUGAAUGAAAAUGUUGGGCACGUUUCUUACGUCAUUUCAAAGAUUUUGGAACUAUUGCCGCAAUACCACAUAAACUCCCCAGAGUUUAGAGAAGCGAUGCAACGCUACUUUGGGGAUAGAACUGAGCAUUUUCUACAUGAAUUAUACUGUUUUGCUUCCACGCCUUACGACAUGACAGGCUAUGAUCGUAACGUUCAGUAUACCACCGAUACAAGAAUUUCGACUAUGGUCAAUGAAGUUAUAUCAAGUUCAGAAUCCGAAGCUAGCGUGGAUUCCGAUAUCGUUAUGGUUUCCAGCUCGGAACCGGCAGAACCUCCUCCAGGUCCAUCUAGGGUGCCUGCUCCAGUUUAUCCUCAAAAUUACAUUCCAGAACCAACUACAAAUAAUGUUAUUCCCAUAGAAACAUUAUCCCAAUCAGACACAGAUGAUGACUCAUCUGAAGUAAUGGUAGUAGGAUAUAUUAAGCCACCUCAAGACAGGACUCCGGAAGUAGUUGAUUUACUAGGAUCUGACAGUGAUGUAAUUGUUCAAGAUAAUGCUCCAGAGCCACCUCCAUGCCAAGAUAAUCAAGAGAAUAGAUCUUCUGUACCGCUUGUAAAAUUAAGUUUAAAAAGGCAUAGAAACCGGGCAGGUGAUUCUGAGAGCGAAGAUAGCUCCUAUAGGCCCCCACCCCCACGGCGUAAAAAACGCCACCGCUCCAAUGACACCGCGACUACGUCUGAUACCUGCCGUACUACGCCAUCUCCCGCGCGAAGUUGGGAUUCCAAUUCUAGUACCUCAUCACAAUCAGUCAGCUCAUCGCCUACUAGUUCCUCUAUCUCAUCAAGGAGUAGUGUCUACAGUGACUCCUCUAGCACGUCUAGUAUGAGUAAAAAAAGAGUUCCCAAAAAUAAAUCUAAAAGAAAGAAUAAGGAAGUAGUGGCGAUAGAAAAUAGCAAAAAAAAGACCAAGAAAAAGUCAUCUCGAUCUCAUCAUAAGGAAAAAAAGGCUACAAAUGUGACCACUGAGAAUGAAAAAACUAGAAAACAUAAGUCCGACUCGGGUAAAGGCGUAAAAUCAUCCAAAAAAGUUUCUAAUGUAGAAAGUGUAACGACAGCAGUAGUAGAGACUGCACCAGCAGUAGAUCAACCCAGUACAAGUGGCACUGUUAGCAAGAAACUUAAAUUGGAAAGAGAUCGAAAACUUGACUAUCGAUCAGGACGAGAGAGCAGAAGACUGAAAAGUGUGGUGAAUGUUAUAAACAGCCAAAAAAAUUCAAGUGAUUUAAGUAGUAAUUCAUUAGUGAAUGAAGACACUUCGGUCAUUAAUAAUGUUGCGUCUCAUUCUAAUACUUUAGAUUCUGUUAUUCAAGAUGGAAUAGAAAGGAGAACAGUGAUCACAUCACCUGAGGUAUCAAGAAAAACUCAUCAAGUUCUACCAAAUAAUGGUGUCAUAUUGACAGUUAAAAAAAAUUUAGAUGAUACAAUAACAGAUUCAGAAGAUGACCUUCCUCUUAAUCUUACUGUUCAAAAACGGAGUCCAUGUUCUUUUUAA